CGAGUUUGGGGUCCGCAAAUUGCCCUUCGCCUUCACAGAAACGAGGAAUCUCGUUCCGCUGAUGCAAAAUAUGAAAAUGUAAGUGGACGGCGCUCGGACGCGUGGUCCGGGUCUCGUCCAUCUUCCGGACCCAAUAUUCGUGCGGGUGGGGACGAGUGUCUAUCAAUCCAUGGAUGCGGGCCGAUUGCUCGACUGUAGUGCAGGAUUGUGUGUGUUCCGUCGAUGGAACGCGCAGAGAGCUGAGUUUGAUGUGGUUUUUGCCUCCGAGUGCUGGCAAUGGUAGUCCUCCGGUGUUGCCUUCGGCUUUCGUGGUCUCUCCUUUGGUGCCUCGCUGGUGGCCAUGGUCUCGUGCUGCCUCGGAAAACCUCUUCGGGUUCCUUCACUGAUGUGCUCGCGUGUUCCCUCCUCGAGCGCUUCUCCUCCGUCGGGCUUGAAGCUUCUAUCCGACCCGGAGCAUUUGCAGAGCUCUAGAACAAUCCAUUUGCCGGGCCGAAUUUGAGCUGGAUGGAGCCGGUCAUCUUAAUGAUAUAACCUUUUAACUAUGAGUUCGAUGGAGAUAACCAUGAAUAUACAAUUUUCUUCAUUUCGUCCUUCCGUGCGAAAAGAACUUCACUUCAAUGUGGUUUCCUUCGUUUCUCGACCGUCUAUGGUUUGCUUUUGUUCGAAAAGUCGGAGUGGAAAGAAAAGAGCCAGUUUCCAUGCUGCCUCCGUAAUACUUCAAGUGGAUCGCGCAAGAUUGCAAGAUCUUCAGAAGUUGCAUCGAACGCAAGCUAGGCUUCUACCACAAGCUGUGAUUGAAGAGCUAUAUCAACGGAUUAAAGCCAACCAAUGGAAAGAAGCCUUGAAGGUUUUUGAGUUACUGCGCAUGCAAGAAUGGUACGAGCCCAAGCACGAACAGUAUGUCAGCGUUCUGACAAUGCUGGCAAAAAACAGACAGCCCGAACAUGCUGAAGACAUCUUAAGAACGAUGCUGGAGGAGAAGUUACCACCUUCAGUCGAAGCUUACACCGCUUUGCUGUCAGCUUUCGUGGAAUUCGGGGAUCUAGACAGAGCCGUAUCCAUAUUCAAUGAUAUGAAGACACAGGGAGAUUGUCCUCCUGAUGUAUACACCUAUUCGAAGUUGAUUGAUGGAUUCUGCAGAGCAAAGGAGCUGUCCAAGGCUUUGGAGUUAGUGGAGGAGAUGGAGCGCAAUGAUGUUCCUGCAAAUACAGUAACGUACAAUGCGAUCCUCAAAGCUGUAGGGGAGACGGAACCUCUUGAGGUGAUGGAAGAUAUUUUUGAACACAUGAUGAAGAGCUCUACGUGCCCUCCCGACAAUUGGUCAUUCAACAUUCUGCUCAAAGCCUUGGGAACGCGAGGAAGUAUAGAGAAGAUGGAGGAGUGGUAUCUCAGAAUGAGUGAAGUCGACGUCGCACCGAACAUCGUGACGAUGAACACCCUGAUUCAUUGCUACGGCCUUCAGCAGCACUUUCACAAGAUGGAGAGGGUCCUAAACCACAUGGAUAGAAUGUAUUUUUCGUGCAACGAAUUUACAUACAAUUCCAUGAUAAGAGCUUAUGGGAACGCGCAAAGAAUAUCAGACAUGGAAAGGAUGUACUUCGUCAUGAAGCAGAGCGGAGUUAAACCCACAGCCUACACUUUAACAUUGAUCAUCACUGCUCUUACGAAGGCUAGAAUGUGGCACAGAAUCGAAAAGGUUCGUAAUGAGUGGACAAACUCUGACUUACGCCCCGACGUCUACCUAUACAACGCCCUGUUGAAUGCGUAUGCUCAGUCCGAAAAUCUUCAUAUGGUACAGGAGACAUUCGAAGAGUUGUUGCAAAACGUGGAGCCCGACGACGUCACAGAGUCCAUUUUGGCUAGAGCUUAUGAGGGUCACGGCCACAAGAGGUUGUCGGUCUCGAAAAAAGAUAAUGCGAAUGACUUGUAAGCUCAUAGUGGCUUCGCCACUGUGAGUUGGAUACGCAGGCAGGCUCUCAAUGCCCACUGAAGAUCAUGUGAAAAUCUUUUGAGGUCAAAGUUGUUAUUCCUCCAGAGUCAUGUCAUUUUGUUCCAGGUGAUGAUCUAUAGGCCAUCAGGUUGUCAAGUGCUUCCGACUUUGAUACUCAAAAACUGUGUAUAGUUUAGCGCUUUAGAGAAGACCCUGUGAUUCAAUUGUUGUAGAUUUUCUUGCAUAGUUCGACAUAUACUUGUAGCUGAGCUCAGGCUGGGUUGCCAUGUUUGCUGAGCUUGGUCCUGUUACUUCAGGGCCAUAGUGGUGGCUUUUCCCAUCCUACGCAAACCGGCAUCAUUUUAAACCUCUGGCUUUAGUUUCCUUCUGCGCCUAUACUCUAUCAAUUGGCUCGGUCCAUGUCAAUUGGUUGUACGUCACUAACCGUGCCGUUUCCUUCUUGUAAAGUUUUAGGCUUUACAAGAGAUUAGAAAUUAAGUCAUUGGAUUGUUGUUACGCACUGGAGCCCGCAUUGUAUGUUUCUCCAAUGUAAGGUUGGAUAUGAGUUUCUUUCAAUACUUUGGAUAGUUGUCCACAUUGUCAGAACAUUUUGGAAAGCAGCUGCUCUAGGG